AUGUGUUCUACUAUUCACAAAUCAUUCAAUGGUGACACCGUGAAUCGCCGGGUAAAGACUGCAGAGGGUUGGAGAAGGGACCAGGUUCCUGUUCCAGUAGCAGUGGCGGAGUACAACAAAUACAUGGGUGGCGUUGACCUCUCAGAUGCGCUCAUUGGUUACUACAACGUGCUCCACAAAACCAGAAAAUGGUCUGCUGAACGCAGCAUUAUCUACUGUUUGCUGUGCCUGAAGCCACAGGAAAUGCUUUCGGUUCACCUGGCCAGAGUGUGUAUGAAGAACAGCACACAAGCUGAAAGAGCUGAAGAGCUGCAAAAAGCAAAAGCAUCAAACAGGGGCUGGGUGCUCACUGGCAGGACCUGGGACUACAACAAGCUUUGUGAGAUCCUGCCUGAUCCAAGCUGUCGUCUGAACAUGGUGAAAGAGCUGCUUCAGCGUGGUUUUUUCAUCAAGAACCAGCCUGAAGAAUCAGAACUGGUCUUGGGCCAUGCAGAGGCCACCACAACUGCCACACUUUCCAGCACAAAAGACUGGCAAAAUGUUUUGAGAGCUGGCAAGGCUGAGUUCCUGAGGAUCUUCAAGAACCUACAGACAGGCGUUGUGGUCUCUGACAGUGAAAAGGUGCUGUAUCGCUAUUACUGUGAGGCCAUCCUGCUCUACCGUCACCACCAGAGCCCAGGAACAGUGAAAGGCUUCACAGAUGCAGAGUGGGUGGGCAGGAUUCAUCAUGGUGGCAGAAUUCUGACUGGCUUUCACAGCCACAGUCAAAGAAGCCAGCAGACAGCGUCAUUUGCCUUAACAGCCAAAGAGGAAGCAUGGUUUCAGAUGUACUUCAAGCAGAUUAGGCCGAAAAACAUUCAGCCUGAAAGUCCCUGCAGUUAUUUUUCAUCACUUUAUCUGGCGAGGCACUUACCAGCAUUUCAAAAGACAUGGAACGCCUCCAUGAAAUGAUUAAGCUACCCCUGGUCAAGAGCUCGGUUGUGCGGAAGGCUGUUCAGGUCUCUGCAAAAACUCUCCCAGCCCACCAGCAAGAUGCCAUAUCUGAUUAUAUGCUGCAGCAACAUUACAGAAAGCCCCAGCCUCAGGACGUUGUGGACACGGCUGUGCUGCUGGACUCUUUGGCAGGCUUUACUUCAGAUGAUGAGAGCCAAAGUGCUACCACCACCUCUUCGGACUUCUCUGCAUUCCUGUCAAGUUUUCCUGUGUCUUGUGAUGGUCAGCCACCGACCAAAAGACAGCGGGUCAGUGCUGGGUUUCCCAGAGACCGCGUGUUUUAUGAUAAGUGGCGAAACACACAGCAGAUAUUCCUGUCUUUGGUCAAACUGACACAAUUCACACACCGGAAGCCUUCAGCUGCAAAAGGUGGCCAGGAUGAUUGCACAGUAAGGGUGGACAGCCAAUCAUCCUAAGCCCGAAGAUAUCGUCAGGAUGUGGAAGCCAGCUUCCAAGACCACCAUUGAGACGGAUGAAUCUCUCAUCAAGUGCGUCUCAGAGCAGACCUGGAAGGGCCUUGCCAUUAAGGACUUUGGUCCUGAGCAAGGACUAGGUUAGACCAUCUUCAUUUUUCUUUCUUUCUUUUUGUGAUGUAGAAGCUGCAGCAAAAUUUACAAUUAAACAUGUAAUGUUCAGGGCUAAAUAAAAACCUUAUUUCACUUUUGAUCACAGGAGUGGUUGCAACCAGACGAUUUUCCAAGGGCGACAUUGUUUGUGAUUAUCAUGGGAAGGUAAUCACAGCUGCCGAAGGGAGAGUCAUGAUGCAGGACAUCCAUGACGAGGCAGGCUUCCUGUUCUUUUUUUAAAGCUGGACAGAGAGACCGCUGCAUCGAUGCUCAGACCUUCCCGUGUGAGUGCCACCCUGACGCAGACAUGAUUGGAAGAAGGAUUAACCAUUCUUCUAAGAUGCCAAAUCUAAAGCACUUUCACUGUGUGCUGAAGGUGAACGGUGAGGACAAGGUUGUGGUCCUCUUCAAGGCCCUGCAGGACAUCAGCGUGGACACACAGCUGAAAUUUGACUAUGGAGUGUCGUGGCUCGAGAGAGUAGAUUUCUUCAAUGGAGUCAGAGAAGCUCAAAAAGCAGAGUUUCAGAUGCCAAAAUAAGACUUUAUUAAACAAAGUAACAAAGCCGAGAAGACAGCCGCCUCAUCCACUACUUCUAAUUCUAUGUCUGUCCAUAAAUCUUUUUUUAUACCUUUUUACUAACCAAAUUUGUCUGGUUUUGCUACAAUUUAUUACCAGCCCAUUUGGCCUAUUUUUAUUGGUGGGAUUUGGACAGAUCCACCAUUGUUUAAGAAUGGCUACACCAAAAUGGUUAUAUUAAAAUGGUUACAUCAAAUCUGCUACAUUUAAUUAGUUCACACUAAAAUGAAAAAACACCAGUAUUCAAAAGCCUAUGGGAUAGACUCUCUCUGUGCUCUCACACGAAACAGUGGUGUUGUUUUGUAUUACUUUUAACCUUGAAAAUUUUCCCCUUAUGGUUCUGUUCCCACACCAGUACGGCUUCUUAUAUUUCACAAUCUGUAUUAACCCUCUGGGGUCGACAAACGUAUACGCGUUUUGAGGCAGAUUUUCCUGAUAAGGCCGAAAUGAGCUUGAAUUACUCUGCCAUUUUUGAUCGUACAGAUAAAAGCAAUACACCAUUCGAAUCUGUAAGGGGUCUACUUUUAUUUGUGUACACUCAUAAUAACAACUAAACUUUGUGCUUUUGAAGAAUAAAGAAAACAAACAGGGUGCGCUCUCUGUCUUCUCCGUGAACUGCGUUUUGAAACAUGUCACUAAAAUGAACUGUAACUCAGCAAAUACUUCACACAGAGACAUGAGAAAUAUAUCUAUAGAAAGCUUGACAUGUCUACAGUUAAAUGAAGCAAGUCUUCCCGAAAAAAUACCUGAUCGCCUUGGCAAACUGAAGCCAGUCUAUCAGCAGAUACGUGAUGCCUGCAAGACCUUCUUUCAUCCUCAUCAGAACAUUGCAGUAGACGAACGGAUGGUGGCAUCAAAGGCGAGGAUUGUGCUAAAACAGUACAUGAAGGAGAAGCCAACAAAAUGGGGGUACAAACUUUGUUUUAGCUGAUUCCAAAUAUGGCUACACAUGGGAUUUUUUUUUUUUUAUCUAUGAGGGCAAAUCGCCUGUGGCACAAGCAGAACAAACUAAAGGACUCAGCUAUGAAUCGGUGAUGGCGCUGGUGGAUGAGAAAAUGUUAGGAACAGGCUACAAGCUGUAUGUGGACAAUUUGUACACCAGCCCAUCACUGUUCCGAGACCUCCUCCAGAAGGGCAUCUGGGCCUGUGGGACAAGUCGCAGCAACCGGGUGGGCUUCCCGCAAGCCACUGACAACAGACUGCCCAGAAAUGCUCCCCGUGGGAGUAUGAGAUGGAUUCGCAAUGACAAGCUACUGUUUGUUGAAUGGAAGGACACUAGGGAAGUGCUCAUGUGCUCCUCCUUCCAUUCAGCAAAUGGAGACCGCACGGUACAGAGGAGGAUGAGGACGAGAAGUGGGAAAUGGACGGUGCUGACUGUUCCUAUACCUGCUGCAGUGGCUGACUACAACGAGUUGAAUUUUUUCAGUGGUGUUGAAUAAAAAAUUGUGGCGAUGUGUUCACAUUUUAUUUACUUAUCCUAUUAUUUUCCACACAGGAACAUGGGAGAAGUUGAUCACUCCGAUGCCCUCAUCGCUAUUACACCAUUCUGAGAAAGACCAGGAAGUGGUACCGUGCCCUAUUCUACCACUUCAUUGAUAUCGCUGUGGUGAAUGCGUUCAUUCAUCAGCGGAUAGCUGUAGCACGGAACCAAAAACCCAAAACACAAAGAGAGUUCCGUGAAACCCUGGUACUGGAGCUUGCUGAUUGGAAUAACCAUGCUACUUCUGGUCCUACUGCUGCAGCUCAAAUUACAGGAGGACCCACAGGCCCAAAUACAAUCACCGAAAUUGGUGAUGAUUCGAGGAGAAGAUGCCACCAAAAAAACUCAUAAUCUGCCAGGCAUGCAACGCAUAUCUGUGUUUCCAGGCAACAAGAGACUGUUUCAACGACUGG